AACAUAUACCCAACUGUCCUUCAUCUGAAUGCAAGUAUUUUGGAAGACACAUUUCAACCGAUAGAAUCCUGUGAACAUCAUGAGAACAGAAUGGAGCUAAAGGUGUAUGUUGAAGGAGUCCAGCGCAUUGUUUGUGGAGUCACUAAGAAAACAACAUGUCAGGAGGUGGUCAUCACUUUAGCACAGGCACUUGGUCGUACUGGGCGAUAUACUCUGAGAGAGAAGUUCAAAGAUUAUGAACGUAAUGUAACUCCAGAUGAACGGCUCCUGGAGUCCUUGGAGAAAUAUGGUGACCAAGCAAAGGAGGUGCAGCUUACAUUGAAGCAUAUCGGUCCAUCCCUUGGGGAAGAAACAAACCAGGCCAAGGCCCAAAUGAGGCAAGCAGAAGGGGGCGGGAGGGCGCCGAGAGGCAGUGGGGGAAUUGCCCUACACCGACAGAGUCUUCCACCUCUAUCACGUCUCUGUCUUCACUCGGAGCCACCCACUGAGGAACCGAAGAGACCCAAGAGGAAGUCGCUGACGCUAAUGGAGGAAGCAUGGGGUUGGCUGGAAAACUUGGGCAGAGGUGGGAGGUCACAAUUAGUACGAGAUAAGGGGAAAGACAAGGAGGGCUUAGAAGGAAAUGGGCACUCAGAUAAGGCAUCUCCAAAACCAACCAAAAGUACGUUGGCCUCCAGGGCACUGCAAGGAAAGGACAAAAAAGACAAAAAUAAAGUCUCACUACAUCAGCCUUUGAUCAGUUGCCUUGGAAACCGUGGCAGAUGCAAAGAUGAUAGUGGUAUGAGUGCAAGAAAAGAGGAAGUGAUAAGAAAAGGAGCAGACAUUGACAAGCCAAUGAUUCCACAGAUUCCCAUAACUGAAAGUGAUGAGAUUGUAGAGUUAAGGACACUGAUCAUCCAACAACAAGCUAGUCUGAAAGACCUUAAACUGAAAAUAGAAUCAACUGACCAGCUGAUCCGUGAGCUUGAAGAGCAACACGCUUCCAGGCAGAGUUCUGAGUCAUUGUCGGAAGAAGAGGAACAGAUCAAGUUUUGGCUGAAUGAGCUCAAGGCAGAGGAAGGCCAUGAAAGAGAACUGCAGAGGCAGUUUUGUCAGAUCAAAGAGGAAGCUGCAAUGUGCAAGGCUAAACUAGAAGAAUACAAACGGAAACAGCAAACGAUGGAUCUGGGACACUCUCAGCAGCUUCACAUUGGGCAUUUGCAUGAAAAUGCCAUUGGACAGAAUGGUCAAGUGGACACACCAAACCAUGUGUUGCAACACGCUGACCCAAGCAUCAAACAAACACAUAUGUCAGAUGGAUCACAUGGAGAAAAUGGACAAAAAAGCUUGGUCACAACGCUGGAGUCCAAACUCCCAUAUGUGUUUGUUUCAGCGAAUCAGAUAUCACAUCCCCCGCUAAGCGGACCAGCUGACCUGAGGGAAUGGUGGACGCGAUGGUCUCAGAGUCAGAAUCCAUCAUCAGGGACAAAACUGAUGGUUGUGCACCACUCUGAAAUCACCAUUCACCUUGGAAGCACAAGAGUUUAAGCAAAUAAAGACUUUUCCAUGCAGGCUGUUUCUGCCUUGCGUUUUUUUAUUGACACCUCAUGCAUGUUUAAAGAAAUGUUCAGGGUUCAAAACAAUUUAAGCUCAAUCGACUGCAUUUGAGGCAUAACGUUAAAAUAAUUUCACCUCACUCCUUAAAAAAAAAAAAAAAAAAAAUCAAGGUUACUGUAAAGCACUUACAAUGGAAGUGAAAGGAGCCAGUACAUAAAGGUUAAAAUACACAAAAAGUAUAGCCACAAGACUUAAACAUACAUGAUGUAUUAACGAGUGUGAUAAAAUCAGGGAUUAACUUGCAUUACAGCAUUUUAACUGAUUACAGGGUUUACCGGCUAUUCUAACACACUAAAAUCAUGUUUAUGGGCUGGCCCCAUUUGCUUCGAUUGUGAGUGCCUUACUGUAAACCCUAAUAAUAAUUAAAAAACAAAGCUUUCCUUGUAAUGAACCCAGAACAUUCCUUUAAUGUCACAAAUGUUAAAGUUCAUGAAGUUGAUAAAUAUUUAAGAUUAU